AUGUCAUUCUGGCCAUUUGGACCGCAGAGUCCUAGGAAAUCCAAUAUUGAUUACAUACUAAAUGAUUAUUUUGAUUUGUUAAGGCGUUUGGAGGCGUUGGAUAGUAAUGUUGUACCGUCUGAAAAUAUGUCUUCAAAAUUUUCAGAAAUUAAUAGUAAUAGUAAUACUGAUAUGAGAUCUGUAUUGUUACAUGGUACAGAUAGUAACAGAAUUACUCCGGUAGAUACUAAAAGUUUGAAAAAUGAUAAGAUAUCUAUGCUAAAGUCGAGCAAUAUCAAUGAGGAUGAUUAUAGUAAUGAUGUUAUUAAUAACGAUGACAGUGAUUAUAUUUAUGAUUUAAGUAAGAUUAAUUCGUUGAGAAUUGAAGAUAUUAUGUCUUAUAACAAUAGCAGUGACAUUGUUAUUAACAAUAAAAUGGAUUUGACUGUAUCUCCUUCAAAAAGCAGUAUUUCAUCACUGUUAUUUUUUUCUAGUAAUGAUUCUUUUAAUAAUAAAAAUAAUGGUAACAGUACUAGUAAUAACAUACAGUUGUGGUUAAAAUUAAAUAGUAGUUUUAUUGAUAAAGUAUUGAGAGAAGAUAAUUUGAUAGAUGAAUUGAUUUCUUUAUCAUCAAUUAGGAAUAGUAAUAGUGAUUCUGAUGAUAUUGUGAAUGUUAAUAAUAGUCGAUUGAUUGAUUUUCUGUGUUUAGGUUAUUUCUUUGAUGAAAAUACGGGAUUGAUAGUUCAUCAUAUUGACUAUUUAAUUGAUAAGCUACUAUGGUGUCUAGAUAACAUUGGUAAAGAGACGUUUCUAGAGAGAAAUAAACCCAACUUUAAUAAUUUGGAUGAUUAUUUAGGAACUAUGGAUGAGUCUACAAAUUUUAAUAAUAGUAAUAAUAUUCCAAUUUUGCAAAAUACUAUAAACAGCAUUUUUCCAAUAGAUAAUUACAAAACACAUAAUGAUAAUAAUUCAUAUAGUCCGUUACUGUUGGCUACUUGUAUCUCUGACAUCUUGUCUCAAGGUGGAAUAUGGUUGAUUACUGAAUUAGUGGUUAAAUCGAAGGAAAGAUUAAUAAAACUGUGGUCUAUUUUGAAUCAACAAAACUGCCAGUAUGAAAGAUCACCGCAUCUGUCAAUAUUUUUGAAAAUUCAUGAAACCUUAUUAUUUUCACGGCAAACAGACUAUUUAAAUUUUAUUAGAAAUUUGCCUAGCUUGGUUGAUGAUAUAUUGAGACAUAAUAAUAUACCAAUCCUUUUGGACUUUCUAUUAAAAAUUAUUUCUACUGAUAAACCGGAUUGUCCAACUGGUAUAAUCGAUACAGUUCAUGAUCAAAAUUUGAUUCCUAAAUGUUUGGAAUUUUUUGAUAAUAAUAAAUAUUCAGGAUCUAUUCAAACAUGUAUCACAGAUUUUUUAAAGAUGUUAGUAGAAAUCUCCUCAAAUAUUCCAAUAGAUGAUUUCAGCAUUGGCCCAAACAAGUUAACUAGACAAUUAUGUUCAUCAAAGAUUACUAGUGACUUAGUAGAUAUCAUAUUACGGGAAGGUGGUAGUGCGUUAUGUAAUAUUGUUACUAUUAUUAUCGAACUAAUAAGAAAGAAUAAUACAGAUUAUGAUAAACUAUAUACUGAUGAAGCAUUUUUAGACAUUAACAGAACAGUAUCUGAAAGAGAUCCCGUUUAUUUAGGGGAUCUGUUACAAUCAUUUACGGAAAGAUUACCUGAACUCAUUAAACCACUUAAGCAGGAUCUAGUUGAAUCACAUAAUUUUGUACAUACAAGAAAUAAUACAAAAUAUAUUCCAAUUGGAAUGGUUAAACUUAGGAUAUUAGAAUUGAUAGCUGAAUUAAUACAUUGUUCAAAUAUGACAUCUCUGAAUUUGCAUAUUUCAAAACAUUUUUCAUUAAAAAUUAAUCAAGAUCGCUCCUUAAUAGAGAAAAAUUUGCUAGAAUCACAAAAUGAUAAUAAUAAUUUCUAUAUUAUGAACAAUGAGAAUAGUUCAAAAACUAUGAUUGAUAUGGUUGGGUCAAUAUCGGACACUGAAUCCAAUAAAGUUAAUUUUGAAGAAACUAAUAGACCAUAUUGUAUUACAGAAAUUUCAAUUCAAUUAGAUGUAUUGUUGCGGGAAAAUGCCAUGGUGGGAGAUCAAUUUAAGAUAAAAUUAUUUGACCAAAACUUUUUACCUAAAUUAAUUUCUACAUUAUUAAAAUGCCCGUGGAAUAAUAUGUUUCAUAAUGUAAUAUUUGAUAUUAUACAACAAAUAUUAAAUGGAAGAAUCGAUUCUUCAUCAUAUAAUGUAUUCUUAAUUUAUUCACUUUUUUUCCCAAAAGAAGCUCUCACAUAUAUUGAAAAGGAUUCUGACAAUGGUUCUGUCUACAGUUUAUUUCAAAAUUGUACAUCUCCUUCUAUAGUUGAUACUAUUAUUGAAGGUUACAAACAAAACUACAAGUUUUAUAAAAGUAAUAAUAAUGCAUUAGGAUAUAUGGGACAUCUUGUUAUUAUUACAGAAGAAGUGUUGAAAUUUUUACAAGAAAGUGAAAUUUCAAAGAUUUUUUUAAACUUUAAAAGGAUCUCCAAUAAUGAAAGUUGGAAUUACCUGGUGAAUGUUUUAUUAAUUGAUAUGAGAGUGAUGUAUUCGGGAAUACUUGGCGGUAGUAAUUAUAUGGAUGAUGGUAAUGGAAAUUUACUUCCUCAAAUACCUAUAUCAUCUUCAUCUAUGAUAACAGACGGAUCUAAUAUCGUUAACACACAAAUUGAAAAUGACAUUAUUGACAAAGUAUCAGGUGUAGGUAGUGAAAAAGGGAACAAAUUAGAUGAUAUGAUGACUGAAUCACAAUUUUAUGAUAAGAUUAAGAAAUUGUUUAUUAUUGAUCAAGAAGUAAGCAAUGAAUAA